ACUUUUGCUUUGAGAGAAGGGGAACGAAACGAAUAGUCGCGCGCCCCAGCAAUCAUCCGGGAUGAUGAGGGAAGUUGUAUAGGAUGGUGGAUGAUGCGUAAUAAUAUGUAGUUCUUAGGAAAUGUGCUUUAAUUCUCCAUUUAGGUCCUUUUAAACAGGUUGAAAAUGAUACCCAAAGAUUUUACAUCAACUAGCAGCUCCCUUGGCUUUGGUAGUACAUAGAAAAUAGCAGAACUUUAUCGAAGCUGAUUUCUCUCUUCUGUGUUAUUCCGUCGCCUCGGACUGUUGAGUGUUGUGCUUUCUUGAUUAGUUGAGUUUGAAAUAUAAUUCAUUAGUUGGUGGUUUAAAAUUGAUUUUCUAUGUAGAAAAAAAAACUUACCAUCUAAUUAUUUGACAUUAAACCAACAAAUAUGGAUCUACAAACGAUUUCUUCACAAAUGAAAGUGGUGAUUCAAAAACAUCAGAUUGUUGUCACCGAAAUGCGUAACGAUCCUCAGAAUCCAGUUCUUCAAAAACGAUUAAAUGAUUUGAAAUUGGAAAUUCAGACUCUCAAUGAAAGACAGAAACAGGUAGUUCAAGAUCUAAGGAAAAACUUAGAGGUAAAACAACCUUCUCCAAAUUCUUGUCCUAAUAAUACCUUAGGAUUUCCUACAGCUUCACAUUCACCUAGUCCACAAAUACCAAACCAAGAUAUUCGAAUGUUAUGUCCUGCACAAAAAUGUCCUAUGCAAAAUCACAAGCUACCAACAACGACAAUAGCAACUAAGCCCGUUACAAACUGUGUCAACACAGUCCGCCAAACAGUGCCUCCAAAUCUCAACAAUAUUGCCACCCCUACAGCUACAUUUACUUUCAAAGCUCCAGUGGGUACAGUUGUCCUGCCAAACUGUUCAACAGCCAUUUCGACAAAGGUUGCUGAACAUCAAAAAAUGCAUCCGGUUCUUGUUGUGCCAUCUCCGUCCAACCGUACUGCUGAUGGCCCCCAGACCGGGGUUUUACUUAAUUUGGUUCCACCAAUCAGAGUGCCUCAGUAUCCUCCACCAUCACCUCGAUCAUCAGCUCCUGUUACUUGCCAAAAAAGCCAAGUUCUCAACAGUUGCAUACCAGUAGCUAUUGCAAGCAUGCCAACUACUUCUACUCCUCCCAGUAACUUUAUUGAACCUAUUGUAACAUCAUCAUCUUUCGCUGAAAGUCCUCCAUCCAGCAGUACAGAGAAACUGAGCCAGUCACCACCUGUAGUUGAGAAGAUUACUAAUAAAAUAGAUCAAAAAAAAAAAGAUUUUUUAUCUGCUCUGGGCUUAGUGAGCAAAGAUACACUUUCUGACAUCAAGAAUAAAAGGCUUGAGCGCAAACGCAGAUCCACUGCCAACCCUCAGUUUUCAAAUGCAGCCUUGGAGGAGAAAUGGCGUAAUGCUGCUGCAGCACAGGCAUCCGCACCACCCCAAAAGAGACCAAGAGGUCGGCCUCGUUUGGAAUCAAAACCCAUUGUUCUUCCACCAAUAUACCCUACCAAUGGCACUUCUUUAGUGACGGAUAGUAAACCAGCUGAAUCAAACUCACCAGCUGAAACUAGUUCAGCUAACUGUAACAUUUCUUCUAGUUCUUCACCCGCAAGUGAUUCUUCAGCUAUAGUGAAUGGUAUGCACAAGCCAAAUUCAAGUACUGAAGAUGGAAAGAACGUUGAACAAAUGUUGUCUGGUUUGUGCAUUGUAUGUACACAACCUGGUGACCUUGUGAAAUGUGAUACUUGUGCAAAGCAACAGCAUUUAGGGUGUAUGCAGCCACCAUUAAUUGCAAGGCCACAAGUACCCUGGCAGUGCAGUGAAUGCCAAUCAAGGACAGUUUCUCUCAUUGUGGUGCAAAGCUAUGACAUGCUAAAAGCAGCAAAGGAAGAUGAAAAGAGGAAACUCCUCAAAAAGAGCUUGGAAUUGAGACUGAAACGUUCUCAGCUUGAAAGUAGACUGAACCAGCUUAAAGAAUUAUCAACUAAACAGAAAAGUCGACAAUCAGAACUCCAGACCUCAUUGAAAGAAGUUGAGACUCAUUUGGAGCGCAUCCAAAGUGUGAUAAAUGGAGUACGAUUGUGUUCUUGAUGUUCCUUUACCACAGUAAACAAAUUUUCAUGUGCCAAUUUCGGUGCUUUUAAAUCUUUGUCUACAGCAUUGGUUCCUGGAGCUUAGUUUCCUUUUUUCCUACUCACUGUAGGAGCAUUCGGUGCAGCUACUAAAACAGCUAACAGAAGAAAAGGAACUCAGAAUAUGUGAUGCCAUUUAAUAGAUGUAAAUAUCUAUAUUCAUCAAGAUAAUGGAAGUGGACUUUUAAAUAUGCUUUCACUUUAUUUAUAUAAUCUGCACAGUCCAUAAAUGCAGCUAAAAGCUUUCUUCAAACUCUUAAUCGAAGCCUGUUUUGGCAUGGUACCUGUUUAUAUUGUGUACAUAGUAGUUAAUCUGUAUAUAUAAUUAUUGAAUUUAGUCUUAGUUGUUUGGGUGGAAUUUAAUUCUUUACAUUCAUUUGUAAAUGAACUUUUUCUAAAAAUUAUUUUCAUUGUUGAUGGUAAAUUUUUAUGAAUAGUAUGAUAAAAAGAUGAAUAGCAAUUAUGUUCCAAAUUUUCUGUUAUUACUCAUUUCUUACCACUAAUAUGGCAAAGGUAUACUAUUUCCAUAUAAUUAUUAUGGAAAUAAAUGUCCUAUAAUUGAUACAUUUUUUUUUUUUUUUUCAAAAAAUAAUACACAUAAAUAUACUGUUGAGUAACAUUUUCGCAGUGCUAGUUUUUUAGUUUUAAAUAAUUAUUUCGGGAGAUAUGUUUUUAAUUUACAAAAAUCGUAGAGUUACAUUUCGUGAUAUGUAAAUCAAGAUCGUGUCUUUUUAUUUGUGCCAAAGAUUGUUAAAAGUUUCCAAGAUAAUGUAAUAAAUGUGGAUUGUUUUUCACAUUUAUUUUAUCUUCAUCAUUAUUUUUCUAGUUAUUUAACUUCUAAAUUAACUUUCAUUUUAUUGUUUAAUUAAAAAUGAUAAGUUUAAAAUGAAUCUCAUAAAUGUAUUCCAGUUUUGUUUCACUUUUUGCGUGU